AGAGGAACCCCGCCUCGAACGUUCUUCAUUGUCUACGUGGAAUACUUCAUAAGUCGGGCAUACUUAAUUAAGUGCCCGCACAGAAAGCACCAAACUACAGAUCGCAACAUUUGGUUGAGGGCGGCAGCAAGAUGCCCACCAUCACCGUUGACAAGACCGAGCUGUUUAAGGCUCUCGGGCAGGAGUAUACCACGCAAGAAUUUGACGAGCUAUGCUUCGAAUUCGGUAUCGAACUUGAUGAAGAUACCACGGACCAACCUCGCCCGAUCGUCGAUGGCAAGCAAGAGCCGCCGCAGCUCAAGAUUGAAAUCCCCGCAAACCGAUAUGAUAUGCUCUGUUUCGAGGGGAUUGCCCUCAUGCUCAACAUUUUCCGUGGAAGAGCGCCAGCACCCAAAUAUCAGCUCGUUGCGCCACCCAACGGUGAGAUGCAGACGAUCGUCGUCGACCAAGAGACGACGAGAAUAAGGCCAUAUGUUUCUGCCGCUGUCUUGCGUGGCAUUGAAUUCACGCCCGGGCGUUAUGAAUCGUUCAUUGCUUUGCAAGAUAAACUGCACCAAAAUCUUGCCCGUCAACGCACUCUAGUCUCAAUCGGAACGCACGAUCUCGACACGAUUAAGGGUCCUUUCAGUUAUGAGGCUUUGGCCCCGGAGCAAAUAAACUUCGUUCCACUGAACCAGACGCAGAAUAUGAAUGGUGCUGAAUUGAUGAAGUUCUAUGAGAAUGACAAGCACCUGGGCAAAUACCUUCAUAUUAUCCGCGACUCGCCUGUUUACCCAGUCAUCUACGAUGCCAACCGGACUGUAUGCUCUCUGCCGCCCAUCAUAAAUGGAGACCAUUCAAAGAUCAGAAUGAGCACCAAGAACGUUCUCAUUGAAAUUACCGCGCUGGAUAAGACCAAAGUAGAGGUUGUCAACAAUAUUCUUGUCGCCAUGUUCUCUCAGUACACGGAGCAACAGUUCACGGUCGAACCAGUUAAGAUUAUCUCAAAGCACAACAAUGAGACUCGCGAAACACCAAAUCUCACGCCAAGAGAGACACAGGCAGAGCUCUCUUACAUCAACGAGUGCUGCGGCUUGUCUCUUACUGCCGAGGAGGUCUGCAAAUUGCUUGAGAAGAUGUCAUAUCACGCCUCACCGUCGAAAUCUUCGCCCGAUCUCAUUGACGUUCACAUCCCGCCCACUCGUGCCGAUGUACUUCAUCAAUGCGAUAUUAUGGAGGAUGUGGCAAUCGCUUAUGGUUUCAACAAGCUGCCACGCUCCUUCCCCAACAAGUCAGCUACGGUUGGUCAGCCGCUUAUGAUCAACAAACUCUCUGAUAUUGUUCGUGUUGAGGCUGCAAUGGCCGGAUGGUCAGAAGUGAUGCCCCUUAUUCUCUGCUCGCAUGAUGAGAACUUUGCCUGGCUGAACCGCAAAGAUGACGGAACAACAGCUGUCAAACUCGCAAACCCCAAGACGAUGGAGUACCAGGUCGUGCGCACGUCGCUUUUGCCUGGCCUCCUGAAGACUAUCAGAGAGAACAAACACCACAGUGUUCCUAUCAAGGUCUUUGAAGUCAGCGAUGUUGCCUUCAAGGAUGAGUCUCUUGAGAGAAAGAGUAGGAAUGAGCGCCACUUUGCCGCAGCUUGGUAUGGAAAGACUAGUGGAUUCGAGAUUGUUCACGGGUUGCUCGAUCGAAUCAUGUUGAUGCUUAAGAGUGCUUUCAUUACCCACGAGGAUGGACUCGAAAGAACAGGAACUGUUGACGGCUACUGGAUUGAAGAGGUUCAAGAUUCUACCUUCUUCCCCGGACACUCCGCCUCAAUCCAUUUGCGCGUCAAUGGAAAGGACCGUGUAAUUGGUGUUUUCGGCAUUCUUCACCCGACGGUGCUCGAAAACUUUGAACUUAGAUAUCCCGUCAGCACAUUGGAAUUGAACUUAGAGGUUUUCCUAUAGAUGAUUUUCAAAAGCGAACAUAGACUAGUAUGAUCUAAAAAUUAUGAAUAUCCUUGAACGAAACGACAGUCUUGGU